AUGUAAAACAAAAAUAAAAUCUUUACAGACAACUUCUAGUGUAAUUUCUUUGAUAAAUUAAGUUAUAAGGAAUUGAAAUCUGAUCUCGAAAAAUUAGUAUUUUUUAUAUGAUAAUCGUUUAGAUGCAGGAUAUCAAUGAAUAUUAUUAAAAUAGAUAAGAUUUCCAUGAGGCGUAUCAGAUUUACGUUUUUGUGAGAGAAAAAUUAAUGUGCAUGUAAGGUUUUAAUAAAGUAAGAACAUAUUUAAUAAUUAUUAUAAGGAGCAGGUUACUGAUUUAAUCUAAUAAUUGGACACUAAUGAAGAAAUGAUCAAAUUUUAUGAUUUCUAUAGGGAAUGUAAAUACUAUUUUUAAUAAAUUUUAAUAGAACAUUCUCCACCAAGACCUUAAUAAUUAAAGAAUUUGUUAACACAUGUCUAAAGAGAAUAAAUAAAACAUCAAGAAUUAUAAUCUCCUUAAAUUCAUAAUAAUUAGACAAUUAUAGAUGUUUCGGCUUAAGAAAUAAAUUUUUAAUAAUUUGAAAAUCAAUAAAUUCUUUCAGAAAUUCAACUUGGUCCUUCAUGCCAAGAACUUUAUAAUAUAGUAUUAAGUUAUGAUAAUGAUUCAAAAUUAGACAAAGUAUUUUUGUAAUUAAUUAAAGGCAUACUAAACUAUAUAAUUAAUUGAUAAAACUCAACUGUCAUAGGAUUAAAUCAUAAGGUUAUCUGUAAUAGAGAGUUCGUAUGAAUUCAUGACAAAAAAUUUAAUAGAAUUGGAUUCUACUGGAUGGACAUUAGAUAAAAAUAGUCAUGGAAUUAGUAUUUCCUAUAAAUUUCCACCAAAAUCAUCAACAGUUUCUUUGCUUAUGGAAGCAGAAAUUGAAGCUGAUUGUGCUAAACUCAUGUCUUUGAUAACAGAAGUGGAAUUGUUUUCUGAAUAUGUUCCUUUUUGUAAUCAUGCUACAACAAUAAAAACACUUUCAAAGACAUAGAAGGUUUGUAUGAGUUAACUAUAUUUUCCAGUUAUUUCUAAUAGAGAAACAGUAUUUUUAGGUUAAGGUAUUGAUAGAUUAGAGGAGAAUGGAACAAUUUUAUUUUUAUGUAAAUCUAUAGAUCAAGAUCAAUAAUUUUUAGAUUAUUAUGAUUUAUAACUUCAUAAAUCAAAGAAUGUAAGAUUGUAAUUAAAUUAUUACAUUUUUUAAAUAACUCCAAUAACUAAAACUAGAUGUAAAAUAAAGGCUGUCAAUAAUUGUAAUCCAUAAUUAUCCUUUGUACCAACAUGGCUAGUAGCAUUAAUUGCAAGAAAAGUAUAUUUUUUUUUGUUAUUAUCAAGUUUGCAUUUUAGUUGAUUGAAAAGAUUGUAAAAUAUACUAAAAGUUUUGAAAAGUAUCCAUGGUAUAAGAAAACUUAAGAGAACCCAGAAUUUUAUUAAUGGUUAUAAAACAAAAUUGACAAUUAUUUUGCUUAAUCAAUUAAUACUAAAUAAACUUGA